CGACAACCUGAACCCCACGACAUCAAGCCAGACCUCAUUCAAGAUGCCCAAAUUCUUCUGUGAUUAUUGCGAUGUGUACCUCACACACGAUUCCAUGAGCGUCCGCAAAGCUCACAACAGCGGUCGAAACCAUCUGCGAAAUGUAGUCGACUACUACCAACAAAUCGGUCAUGAGAAAGCCCAGUCUGUUAUCGACUCCAUCACCUCUUCGUACGCCGCAGAAGGCCAAUCCUCGUCGAAUCCAAUGCUCGGUCAAAAUCCAGGUGUACACGCUCCUCCUCCACCAUUUCCCUUCCCAGGUGGCGUUCCACCACCACCCUUCGGUAUGCCCGGUCUCCCUGGUAUGCCUCCCAUGCCAGGUAUGCCCGGAAUGCCCCCACCAAACGGCAUGAUCCCCCCUCCAGGCGGCCGAGGAAUGCCUCCAAUGCCACCAUUUCCAGGCGGACUUCCAUUCCCUCCACCAGGCGGUCUCCCUCCUAACUUUCAAUUCCCGCCUCCUGGAGGUCUGCCCCCCAAUUUCCAAUUUCCUCCGCCGCCACAGGGUAUGAAUGGUCCACCAGGAGGACCGCCAGGUGGAGGACCUCCCGCUGGUGAGAGACGAUAAGUUAUGAAGAUGCGAAAAGAGGAGUACGUUGAGAUCUAGGAAAGGCAUGUGUACGGGGAUAGUGAGAUGAGUCAACAAAAGCUCUACUCUGUUCCACACUACGAAGACAAGGUCGAGAACCGAUAAGAGGAUUGGUGGGAUUGUGCACGGCGUUUUGGGGGCUCAUAAGUGGCGUUCGAUGGGUCGAAAAUGUAAUUUUAAGGCGAUGACCACACAGAUGGAUCGAUCUUUCUGCCGCCACCCUUGUAACUACCUCGUGAUGAUGGUAUGAGAAUGGAGACUGCAAAGUUCAGACUGACAAAUAAC